AUGUUACUUGAUUGUAGGGAAGAUUUACUUGCCGAACUGAAUAAACCAAAUAACCUGAAGCCGACUUUUACUAAAACUCCUUGCUUCUUUUCUACAGGUUAUAAGAGCCGUGAAAGAUUUAGACAACUUGAGAUUCUUGAUCUCAGUUACAAUUAUUUCAACAGAAGUGUUUUUCUUUUAUUGAAUGAGGUUGUGUCGCUCAAGACUUUGUUUCUUGGUGACAACUAUAUUGGAGGUGGCUUUCCUGUGAAAGAACUGAUUAAUCUGAAAAAUUUGGAGCUACUAGAUCUAAAGUUCAACGAUUUCAGCGGCCAUUUACCAGGAAAAGAGCUCACCAAUCUGAAGAAGCUCAAAGCUUUGGAUCUAAGUGGGAAUAUAUUAUCUGGUUCACUGCAGGUGACAGGAUUUUGCAGACUAGAGCAGUUGCAAGAGCUUCAGAUUAGUCAAAACAGAUUUGUGGGUGAAAUCCCUCUCUGUUUCUCAAGAUUCUCCAAACUCCGAGUUCUUGAUAUUUCAUCAAAUCACCUAAGUGGGAAGCUUCCAUCAUUCCUCAGUAACUUCAAGUCCAUGGAGUACUUAUCUCUACACGAUAACAACUUCGAAGGCUUGUUUUCCUUGGAUUUCAUAUCUGAGUUAACAGAACUCAAAGUUUUCAAACUCUCUUCCAAGUCUAGUAUUCUGCAAGUAGUAGAGACAAGUGCUUCCACUGGCCUAAAAUCUCAGCUAAGGAGUCUCACAUUGUCAAACUGCAACAUGUCUGGAAACAUCCCCGGUUUUCUCCGGUAUCAGAAGGAACUGCUUGUACUCGAUCUCUCCAGCAACACGCUAUCCGGAGCCUUCCCCACUUGGCUGCUAAAGAAUAACACAAAGCUUCAGGUUCUAAUGUUGCAGAACAACUCAUUCAACACCCUUUCACUUCCAAGACUUCACAAGUUACAGUUUCUUGAUCUUUCAGCUAACAACUUCAACCAUCAACUCCCCGAAGAGAUCGGUUCGAUGCUUCCAAGGUUGAGACAUUUGAAUCUCUCGAACAAUGAGUUUCAUGGGAACAUGCCUUCCUCCGUAGAGACAAUGGAACAUCUUGAGUUUAUGGACUUAUCAUACAACAACUUCUCGGGGAAGUUGCCAAGAGACCUCUUCACUGGUUGCUAUUCACUCAAGUGGCUUAAGCUAUCUCACAACAGAUUCACUGGCCCAGUUGUUCCAAGAUCGAGUGACGUGACGACGUCGUUGGUGACUUUGAUGGUGGACAAUAACAUGUUUACUGGGAAGAUCACAUACAAACUACACAACCUAAGACUCUUGACAGUGAUAGACUUAUCCAACAACUUCCUCACUGGUACCAUUCCAAGAUGGUUAGGUGGUUUCUCACUAGAGCUUCUGAGGAUCUCAAACAAUCAUUUACACGGUGUAAUACCUCAGUCUCUCUUCAACAUUCCAAACCUAUGGCUAUUAGACCUAUCUGGAAACUACUUGUCCGGUACCUUGCCGCUGCGGUCUCACUCGGAUUCCUACGGCUAUAUAUUGGACUUACACAACAACAAUCUCACUGGUUCUGUUCCAGACACAUUGUGGAAAGAAAUGGCUCUACUUGAUCUGAGGAACAACAGACUGUCUGGAAACAUCCCCCGGUUCAUUAGCACACCAAGCAUCAAUGUUAUUCUGUUGAGAGGAAAUAACUUGACGGGCAAGUUACCCAUCGAGCUUUGCGGUUUAAGUAACCUAAGAAUGUUGGAUCUUUCUCACAACAGUUUGAGUGAGUCCAUACCUUCUUGUUUCAGUAAUCUAUCGUUUGGUUUGGGAGGAGAUGGUGGUAAUGAUCGGGAAUGGUUUCCAACAUACAUGUUCUCAAGGUUUAUGGAUAUAUACACUCAAGUGUACUACGAGUCUUUACUUGUGUCGGAAUGGUUUGGUCUAGACUACAUUGUAGAUUUUAAAGUCCAAGUCGAGUUUGCAGUGAAAGAGAGAUAUGACUCGUACAUGAGAGGAACUCUAAACCAGAUGUUUGGUCUUGAUCUGUCGAGUAAUCAGUUAAGCGGUGAGGUACCUGAAGAGCUUGGAGAUCUCAAGAGAGUACGUUCGAUGAACCUAUCAAGGAACUCAUUAACGGGUGUUAUCCCUGAAAGUUUUUCAAAUCUGAAAAGCAUAGAGAGCUUGGAUAUUUCUUACAACAAGUUACAUGGAGCUAUACCUUCACGACUCACAAUGCUGCACUCUCUUGUUGUCUUUAAUGUUUCUUACAACAAUCUAUCCGGUGUGAUUCCGCAAGGUAAACAGUUCAAUACCUUUGGUGUGAAUAGUUACUUAGGUAAUGUUCUUCUAUGUGGAUCACCUACCAAUAAAAGCUGUGGUACUACUACUACAAUGAGCUCAAGAGAAAAAGGAGAAGAGGAAGAAGAUGAUAGAAGUGGAUUGAUUGAUGUUGUGGUCUUGUGGUGGAGCCUUGGUUCCACCUAUGUCACGGUUUUGAUUGGGUUUAUGGUGUUUAUGUGCUUUGAUUCUCCAUGGCGCCGAGCAUGGUUCUACCUUGUUGAUGCGCUUAUUGACUGUGUAAAAUAUCUACUGGGAGUUAUCUAGGAUUCUAGAGAGGGCUCGAGGAAGAUGUAUUUUGAUAAAUUAUCCUAUUUUAUUGUUGAAUGCAACUACAUGAUCUUCUAGACAUUAAUUUGAGGAUUGAUUUAUCAUGUAUCAUCACUAUAUUGUAUCAUCACUAUAUUGAUUUAUUUUCGGAAAAAAAGAC